AUAAAAUUAAAAAUCUUCAUUAUCUACUCGAAUCUAACGAAUUAUUGGGACAAGUUCAUCUAUCCAAUAUUCGGAAAUAAAUAGGCGUUCCAGGAUUCAUGAUUCGCAGCUUCAAAAAGUUCAGAGAUAUGAUUUUUCUCUCAAUUUUUUCCCUAUCAAAUUUGAAUAAAAAGGGGCUGUAGAUUAGCCUGAAGGAUAUGCCUAUAAAACUGAAUAUCACCAACCGAAUGACUUCAUCUUGAGGGUACGCUUGCUCAGGUAUAAUUUGAAAUUUCGAAGCCCAGUCUAUAAUGAGUCAUAGUUGACAAUUUCCAUGAAACGAACCGAAGUUAAUUAUUAUUGUUCGGAAGAAAAAGAUGCAGAAAAGAAGAAGAACAUCUAGAAUUCUCACCACUUAACCGGGUUGAUGAAUAGUUGAGUAUUCUGCGAUUUGAGUUUCAUUAGUGCGAAAGACACUCUGCUUAGUACAAGUCUAAAGUUAUUGGUGCUUUCAAAAUGUUGUUCCUAAGUGUCGAACUCUUCUUUAUUCUGUUUUUGAUAGUUAUACUAUGUGUCAAUAAGAAGGUGUUACUCUUAUAUGCGAGGAAGAAACUGAAGCAGAACCAGGAUAGGAUUAACUCCGCUUUCAGAGCUUCAAUUUUUGCUGGAGAAGAACAUACAAUGUUGAAGUUAUUGGAAGAGGGGGCGGAUGUGAAAUGUACCGAUGUUAUUGGCUAUGCUUGUCUUCACCACGCAGUGCUAUGCGGACAUUACAAAUUAAUUAAACACCUAGUAAUGUAUGGCGCUGAUAUAGAGAAAGAAGGCAAUUUUUACGGUUACAAACCAAUUCAUUUGUGUGUUUAUCCGGCCAACAAAGACAAAUGCUUGGAAGAGUUACUGAAAUAUGGUGCUCAACUAGAUGCCGUUGACUGUUUGCAAAAUACCUUACUACAUUUAGUGGUGAAGUUUAGACCCCAAGAUAUGAAUUUUAUCGAAAAACUGCUCGAUUACGGUUUAGGUCCAAAUGCCACAAAUAUAAUAGGAAACAACUGCCUCCACAUCAUUGCUGCAUCUCGCACAUGCUCUAUCGAAAAGGUCCUGUUUCUGGCGAGGAAACUCAUACACAGAGGUGUUGAUAUCGACCGUAAGAAUACAUCAAUUGGUGAGACACCCUUACAAAUAGCAUCCCGUACAGGAAAGACGGUUUUGGUCGAUCUUCUUCUUCGUGAGGGGGCGGCAAUAGACGUGAGGAGCAACAUUGGAUUGACUGCUUUCGAGCAAUUGUUCGUGGAAAAUCAUCCAAUGACGGCCAUCAUCACCACCUUCAUUAAACACAUCGCUCUGAGAAAACACCGUGGGGAAAAUGUUGAAGACAGUAUUUUUAGGAAAAUUGCCUCCGAUGUGAAACUACAAAUCAUAUAUCGCUAUUACGACGAAGAUUUGGAGUAUCUGAAAUCCAUAAAUAUAGUUGAAACACACUGGGUAACACUGCAUCAUAUAUUAUGCUGCGAGAAGAGUGAGGUUAUCAAUUACUUGAGAAACGCUAGUGUCAGGAAUAACAUUUUUUCACAAGAGGUUUCCACUUUUUAUUGGAAUGAAAUUCGACACAAAUUUUCGAAAAUCAUUAAAAUCGUCAAAUUUCAAGAGGAGGCCUGUAGAGUUCUGAAUAUAGUGUUCGAUAGUGGAAUUCCUUAUUUAUGUUUAAAGCAAAUAUGCAAAUAUUUGUCUGAAGAGGAUGUGAAAAAAUUGUCCACAUUAUUGUUGAGAGAAAAUACAAUUGAUUGAAAUUAUCAGUUUUUGAUAUUAAUUUAACCCAAAUCACCUUUUUAUUCACCAGAAAUUGUCCCUAUGAAACGGAUUCAUCGAAAAAAAAUUCACAUUUUGCACUUUUCAUUCCUCAUGUGAAGGGCUAAAAUAGCUACUUGACUUGAAUCCAAAGGAGAUCAAAGUAAGAGGGGAACAUAUUAUUUCUUCAGAUCGCAGCUUGCUUUUAUCUUAUUCUUUAGCUUUUCCAAUGUCCAUCUUCAAAUUAAAUUUUAUUUUUUCAUUAUGCCACAUUUCAGUUUGAAUGAUAAUACUCAAUGUUCUUAUUUAUACAAAUGAAGAAUUUUUACUGUUUGACAUAAAUGGGCAGAAAACAAUAUUAAAGUCAGUUGUGGAUUAUUCGUUUGUCACAACACCGUUGCCACAACUAAUAUCAAUUUUUAUUACGAAAAUGCCGAAAGUGAUUGAAAAAAGAGACAGGGUUUCGGGAAAUACUAUUUAGAAUUCAGGUCCGCUCAUUUAAUAUUCUA